CCAGCAUAGCAUCAUUCUGUACGAGAUAGUGAAAAAAAAUAAAAUAAAAUAAAACUCUGAUUUUAUCCCGGCCAUGUUAGUCGUAAGAAAACUGAGUUGACGUCGGUAGUGUUAUCUGGCUGGUUUUAAUGAAAAAUUAUCGUUAGACAACUAAACUCUAACGUAAAGAACCUAGCAGCUAACGUUCGGGUAACAGUUCGUGUUUUCACCAUUAACGUCACCUAGGUUCGUGACAAACAAGUCAUAGCUCGGUAAAGUUACCUCUUCAAGAAAGACUCGUCGACAUGAUCCUCUCUCGCGUGAAACCAGCCGUGGGAGGAGAGACACCUGCGAGCAUCAGUGAUAAAAAGAAGAAAAAGACAAAGGUUCCACGCUUGGAGGAAUACCUGCAACAGAGAGACUACCUGGGGGCCUUGACACUGUUAGAGUUUCAGAGAAGUAUUGGCGAGAAAGAGGAGAAUGCAGACCUUUGGAUUGGCUACUGCGCCUUUCACUUGGGUGAUUAUAAGAGAGCUAUGGAGGAGUACAAGUCUCUGACCAUGAAGUCUGAAUGUCCUGUUGAGGUUUGGGUCUAUCUGGCCUGUACCCUGUUUUUUCUGGGGCUCUAUAAAGAGGCUGAAGAGGCUGCAUCUAAAGCACCAGUGUCUCCCCUGCAAAACCGACUACUCUUCCACUUGGCUCACAAGUUCAAUGAUGAAAAGAAGCUGAUGGGUUUCCACCAGAACCUGGAGGAUGUGACAGAGGACCAGCUGAGCCUGGCUUCCAUCCACUACAUGCGCUCCCACUACCAGGAGGCUAUAGACAUCUAUAAACGCCUUCUACUGCAGAACAGAGAUUUCCUGGCCCUGAAAGUUUAUGUGGCUCUGUGUUACUAUAAGCUGGACUACUACGAUGUAUCCCAGGAGGUGUUGGCUGUGUACCUGCAGAGCAUGCCUGACUCUACUAUUGCACUGAACCUCAAGGCCUGCAACCACUUCAGACUCUACAAUGGCAAGGCAGCUGAGGCUGAAUUGAAGAACCUAAUCGACAUCUCCUCCUGCUCCUUUGAGUUUGCUAAGGAGCUUAUCCGACACAACCUGGUGGUGUUUCGCGGUGGGGAGGGGGCGUUGCAGGUGCUGCCUCCUCUGAUCGAUGUGAUCCCUGAGGCCAGACUCAACCUGGUCAUCUACUAUCUCAGACAAGAUGAUGUCCAGGAAGCCUACAACCUCAUCCAAGAUUUGGUGCCCACGACGCCUCAAGAAUAUAUUUUGAAAGGAGUGGUUAAUGCCGCACUGGGACAAGAAAUUGGAUCAAGGGAUCACCUGAAAAUUGCUCAGCAGUUCUUUCAGUUGGUUGGAGGCUCGGCUAGCGAAUGCGAUACUAUUCCUGGCAGACAGUGCAUGGCCUCCUGCUUUUUCCUCUUGAGACAGUUUGAAGAUGUUCUCAUAUAUCUAAACUCAGUCAAGGGUUACUUCUAUAAUGACGAUACGUUUAACUUCAAUUAUGCUCAGGCUAAAGCAGCACUUGGCAACUACAAAGAAGCAGAAGAGAUCUUUCUGCUGAUUCAGAGUGAAAAGAUCAAGAAUGACUAUGUUUACCUCAGCUGGCUGGCUCGAUGCUACAUAAUGAACCAGAAGGGUCGGCUUGCCUGGGAGCUCUAUCUGAAGAUGGGCACUUCUUCUGAUUCCUUCAGUCUGCUGCAGCUCAUUGCCAAUGACUGCUACAAGAUGGGCCAGUUCUACUAUGCAGCCAAAGCAUUUGAUGCACUGGAGAAACUGGACCCAGGCUCCAACUAUUGGGAAGGCAAGAGAGGGGCAUGUGUCGGCAUCUUCCAGCUCAUACUGGCAAACAAGGAGUCCAAGGAGACACUUAAAGAGGUGGUGCCCCUGCUGCAAAAUUCAGGAAACCCCCAGGUUGAAUACAUCAUCCGAGCUCUGAGGAAGUGGGCCAAAGACAACAGAGUCCUCCUGUCAUGACAGGUCUAUAUGAAGAGGAGACACGUUCUGCAGAAAUUAGCAGUCAUUUCACUUGAAUGAAAUGAAUGAAUGAUAUCUAUGCCACAUGAAGCAAAGAAAUAUUGAGCUUUUAUCUCUUCUAUAAUGUUUUGUAUUAAGAUAUGUAAAUUUUGAAUUGCAAUUCUCCAUGUACUUAUAUUUGUAUUAAAUGUAAUUAUGUAU